AUGGCGAGCCCGCUAUCCGCCGCCGGGGCGUCGCCAGAACCAUCGCCAUCCUCGCCGCUAUCGCCGCUUUUACGCCUCCCGCCGCACACUCAACAACGGAUCUACCGCUAUCUUGGGUUGGAAUCAUGGGACGGCCGACCAGACACGUUCUAUUUGUACGCCGGUCACCUCAAACGGGGUCACAGCCCCUGUAUUAGCCGCCACCCCCCGCCAGACCCGAAGUCCUACCACGGCCUGCUCCUGUCUUGUCGCGCCAUCCACGCCAAAACUACGGGUCUCCUCUACUCGUCCAACCACUUUGUUCUCUACUAUUGCAAGCCGCCCGAGCACCCUGGCUACCCCAUCUCGUCCCGUCCGCUACGCACUCUACACCCUACCUCGUUUCGUCCACUACAUACUCUACACGCUCUAACCGAGUCGUCACUCCAUUCUCUCUCCAAUCUCAAGAUUGUUCUUAACGAAGCUGCCGGCCACCAGUUACCACUAUCCCUCUACAGCGAAGGGAGUUGCUGCGCUGACGGUCGGGGAAACCCCGAACCCAACUAUCUACUCAACCCCGACUUCUUUCUCGCGUCCGAACCGAGGCACAAAGGCCUGCACAGGCUUCCCCUCCUAAGUUCAGCCUCUAUGGAAGACCAUAGCGACAAGUGGGCGGCGACCAACUCUAUCCUGGGAGAAUGGAACGUGGCAGCAACUCGUUUGCUGUCCCAUAUCGCUCCCGGGCGCCUCUCUCUUUCUGUGGUUUGCGACAUCGACCCCAAACACCCACAGGCAUUGGAUAUAGCAAAAUCCGUCGUAGCACCCAUCCGGCUCCUCCCGCCAUCUAAUCUAAAGGAAUGCCGUGUCCGCCUAGCCAAGACGCCGGAUGGUCGACUCCGGCAGCUUGCCGAAGAUACCGUCUCCUAUGCCUGCGGAAUACCUACCAUGUCCCGGGAGCCGCCGUCAAACAUGGCAGCCACUCUGACGACCCUCCCACGCGAGCUCCGGAUUAAGAUUCUUGAGUAUACCGACCUUGUUACACCGAGAAGACAAGUGAUAUGGACUAGACAGCAGCGUGCAUAUACCGUACUCACCCCCGCCUGCGGUCCUGGGCCGCCCUCCGGACGAUCUCCAUAG